UUGCCUUCUUCCUUUAAGCUGCAGCUGAAAUUUUGAUCAAAUUCACCCAAAUUUAAGGUAUAAUCUUCUACCAAAUCUAUAAACACAUAAUAAUUUCACGGAAUCCCAAAUUUCAAUUGACCAAACCAAAACUAGUUAGGUGAAGAUCCCAAAACAGCAUCAACCGAUAGAUUUCAAGAUUUUCUGGUUCACAAAUUUCAAAAACUCGAUUUUAUUAAUAAAGUAUUUUCGUUUAAUAUUGGCUACCAGUUAAAAAAAUUGGAGACACUGGAUAUAGCUUAAAUAGCGGGCAAAACUGGUUACGAGGUGAAAUAUUUACUGUUUCGAGCCUUUUGGAUAUGGCCCUCUACAUUUAAAAAUGGAAGCCCAUAAAGUUCUUAACUUCAAUAUAUGUCCGGCCCAUCAGUUUUGAAAAUGGAUUUUGAGAGGCCCAGAGUCCAUUACAAACCCAACAGGGAAACUUGCUUUCUUCUCCGGCGAAAAAUCGGGUGGUGACAAAGAGAUGAAGUUUCUCUGAAUUGGUCUUGUACAUGGAGGAGAGCCAUGGCAUUUGCAAGCUUUAAUGGCUCUCUUUGAAAGAGAUGAGGAGGUGUUCUAUUUUUGUUUUUUCGUACCAUUGUCAACUCUUAUCUUAUCAUCAAUACUUGGGUUCUGUGAUAAAACACACCUCAUUCUCUUGCUUUUCAACUAAUUGUGCGGUUGAAAAGCUUUCUUUCCUUCCUUUAACUGCUGCGAGACCCUUUCCAGAUUAUUCGCCUAAAAAAGCCUCCAUUAGAGACUCUGAACUCGUGCAUCACGUAGCAACUUCUAUUAAGCAACGUUACUCUGAGCACAUUCACCGUGUUUUAAAGCCCUUUGAAUCAAAAAUCAGACCUGACCACAUCAUUUGGGUUCUCAUGAAUGUGAAGAAUGAUUACAAACUAGUUCUGGAUUUCUUUGACUGGUGGUGUCAACGGAAGGACCCGUCAGUUGAAGUCCGUUGUAUUGUCGUGCAUAUUGCCGCUGCUCAAAAAGAUGCAAGGACAGCACGUAGGCUUAUCCAUGAUUUCUGGACAAGACCCAGUGUAGAUGUGACAGUUUUCUUCUCUCAGUUUCUCGAAAAAUUAAUAUACACUUAUAAGGAUUGGGGUUCUAAUCCAUAUGUUUUUGAUAUUUUCUUCCAAGUGCUUGUUGAGUUGGGAAUUCUAGAUUGUGCAAGAAAACUUUUUGAUAAGAUGUUGCACUAUGGCUUGGUUUUAUCUGUCUCUUCAUGUAACUUAUUUCUUUCUCGUCUCUCACAUGAUAUUGAGGGGCACAAAAUGAUGCUUAAGGUAUUUAAUGAAUUUUCGGAAGUGGGUGUUUGCUGGGAUAAUGAAUCUCAUAAUAUAAUGAUCCAUUCUCUUUGUCAGAUAGGAAAAGUUAAAGAAGCUCAUAACUUACUCCUGCAAAUGGAGCUGAGGGGCUGUAUGCCUGAAAUUGUAAGUUACAGCACCGUGAUUAAUGGAUACUGUGCUACUGGACAGCUUGAACAAGUCUUGAAGAUCAUCAAAGAAAUGCAAGUAAAAGGAUUGAAGCCAAAUGCUUUUACUUUUAACAGUAUAAUUCUUCUUUUGUCUAAGACUGGCAAAGUGCUUGACGCCGAGAAAAUCCUGAGGGAGAUGACUUCCCAGGGAGUCGCUCCAGAUAAUGUUGUUUACACAACUCUUAUAGAUGGCUUCUGCAAAACUGGGAACAUAAGUGCUGCAUACAGACUGUUCAAUGAGAUGCAGUGUUUUAACAUUACUCCUGAUUUGGUAACAUAUACUGUCCUUAUUUCUGGUCUGUGUCAAACUGGAAAAAUUGGUGAAGCAAAUACGCUCUUAAAUGAUAUGCUUGGCCGGGGAUUAGAACCUGAUGAAUUCAUUUAUACUGCGCUUAUUGAUGGUUAUUGCAAGGCAGGGGAGAUAAGGGCAGCCUUUUCUCUUCACAACAAAAUGGUUCAGAUGCAGUUGGCGCCAAAUAUUGUGACUUACACUGCACUGGUAGAUGGGCUCUGUAAACUAGGGGAACUUGAUACAGCACACGAACUUCUCCAUGAGAUGUGUGGAAAGGGUCUUGAACUGAAUAUCUACACAUACAACUCACUUGUUAAUGGUCUUUGUAAAGCUGGAGAUGUAGAGCAAGCAGUAAAGUUAAUGAAAGAUAUGGAAGCUGCAGGGAUCCACCCUGAUACUUUUACUUAUACUACUCUAAUGGAUGCAUAUUGCAAAUCUGGAGAGAUGGGCGAGGCUCAUGGAUUACUACGUCAAAUGUUGCUCAGAGGACUUCAACCAACAAUAGUUACAUUCAAUGUUCUGAUGAAUGGUUUUUGUAUGUCAGGGAUGCUAGAAGAGGGUGAUAAACUGUUGAAGUGGAUGUUGGAGAAGGGCAUAAUACCAAAUGCUACCACCUACAAUUCUCUUCUGAAGCAGUACUGCGUUCGAAAUAAUAUGCGUAUGACGUCAGAAAUUUAUAAGGGGAUGCUGGGCCAAGGAGUUGUACCAGAUGCCAAUACCUUUAACAUAUUGAUACGAGGACAUUGCAAAGCUAGAAAUAUGAAAGAGGCUUGGUUUUUGCACAAGGAAAUGAUCAAGAAGGGAUUUACUCCCACGGUAGAUACUUAUCAUGCACUCAUCAAAGGUUUUUUAAAGAGGAAAAAGUAUUCUGAGGCCAAAGAAAUGUUUGAAGAGAUGAGAAGGGAAGGUUUGUUGGCAGAUAAAGAACUUUACUCCAUCUUUGCGGAUAUGAACUAUGAAUUAGGGAACUUUGAUUUGGCGCUUGAGCUUUGUGAUGAAGCAUUAGAAAAGUGUGUCUCAGACAAGACUGAUAACAGGAAUACAUGAUAGUUCUCUGUGAUUUAAAUCUUCUGAUAAAAGAGUUUCAGCUGUAUUUGUGCUGCUACAGAAAGCAGGAACCUGAAAUUGUAGUCAUCAUCCAAGAACCUUGGUCUCUUGAGCUACAGCAAUAUAUAGAUUGGCUGACUGUUGGUCAAAAUUUGGUACCAGCAUAUGGGAAAAUCACUAGUCAUUGAAGCAUCCAGGAACUAGUGCCUCGAGAGACUUCAAAUUGUGGAAAAGAAUGAUGGUACUUAGCUGCCCAGAAAUAUGCCAUGUUCUUCAAAUGUCCGAGCAGUCCCAAAAAUUUGACAGCUUCAUGGCUUUCUUUGAUGGCUUGCAUGUAUCAGAUAAGAAGGUCUCUAGCAGUUUUACUGUAGGUUUGGUUAAUUGAGCUAAGAGCAUGAACACCGACAUGCUCAAGAACAGAGUCCUUGGAUGGCCAGAGGGAUCUUGCUUAUAGCUGCUUCAAAGGUUUUGCUUAUUGUCAGAAUUGUGUCAAUCCGGAGGAAGAAAACAUAGAGGCUGCAGGUUUUGAAAAAUUCCCAGCAAUUUUCUGUUAUUAUUAGGCCAUGUUACAUUAAAUCUCGGACCUUUGAUCUCCUUUGCUAGUAGAUUCACGGGUGUCAAAGCUUCAUGAAGCUAAGCACUCUCAGACUUUUUCAUUUGAGGAACCUAGAGCCUGAGAGAAAUGUAGCUUUUUAAGUCUGAAUUAGCAUUUCGAGCAUUUUGAGAAGCUUUCUGCAUUGUGUUAGUGGUGAUCCUGUAGCUGAUUUUGAAACUAGCCAUAAUAAAUCAGGUGCCUUGCUCCUCAUGAUGCUAAGUCUUUUUGUGCGGUCAAGCCAAUUCAAGUUGUUACUCUUUGAAAUCAUCAGAUGAUUAUUUGAAACAGCUGAGUUCAUUAUACUUGGGAGGUGAAAGGAGGACUGAUGGUCAGCUUUAAGAAAUUCCUGCUUGGAUAGGGAAAGAAGCAUGAAAGCUAGUUUCCUCCGGUGAUUUGAAGUGGAAAGCGGAUAACUUUGGAAUGGACUUCUUUUAUAAGGGUACAAAGUUAGAGUGGAGAGUGGACUUGUGUUGUGGGCGUGGAGUUCUACUGCGAUGCAGUAAAUUACAACAUACCAUCAAAGAUUGACAUCCAUCUGUGUAUUGAAUAAAGAUCCCAGUUGAUUGUGCUUUUCUAAGCUUGGAAUAGAUGUAAAAAGAACACCGGAAGACUAGGAUAAGAUUCUGGAGAGGCUGUUGUUUCGAUAGAUGGAAGUAGUAGUUCAAGGAAUGCAUGAUUGUUUAACCUGGUUAAAACUGUUGGAGGAGGUUAUAUGAUAAUCAAUGGCUGUCUUGAUAUGUAUGGAAGUUUUAAUUGACUCACGGUUUGCAAGCUAGGCCAUAGACGUGUGGCAUCAGUUUCAGGAGAGAUCAUGGGUUCAAGUUGUGGAAACAGGCUCUUG